AAUGUUAUUCCAUCCCAAUAUUGUCAGGUCACCUCAAAUUUCUUGAAUUCAUUCCUUUUGAUCAUGCAAAAAUGAAAUCUCAAAAAUGAUGAUGAUUGGUGUUAUUCACAGUUUGCUGAAAGUGAUGGAAACAGUUGAUGAUGUGUUUCUUGUUUUUGAGUUUUUUGACACGAGUCUUAGAAGAUACAUAGACAAUUGCUUCCUUUUCGACAUUCGAGGCCGGGAAAAAUUUUUUCUACGUCAAGCUCUUACUGGAUUGGCAUACUGCCAUUCUCUCAAAAUUCUACACAGAGAUCUCAAACCUAAUAAUAUUCUGGUUUCAUUCAGAGAUUAUCCGGACAUUGGUCAAAUCAAGCUAUGUGACUUUGAUGUGGCAAAAACUUUUGAACCUCCUCUAUCACCCUACUCUAACAAGAUGGGCAUUCCUUGCUAUAAAGCACCUGAACUUUUGAUGGGUUCUACCCGUUAUUCAACUGCAGUUGAUAUCUGGUCGAUGGGCUGCAUAUUUGCUGAGAUGAUUAAGCUCAAACCUCUGUUCGUCGGUAUAGACGAAGUACAGAUGUUGACUGAGAUAUUUUGUUUGCUUGGUGCGCCAACACAAGAAUCCUGGCCUGGUGUGUCUUCUAUAUGCGCCUUUAUUGAACAUCUUAUUGAUCCUUCAAUCAUGCCAAAGGUAUUCAUGUUCUGCUUCUGAUCAAUUUUUUAUUCCAUCUCAUUUUAUAAAUUUAGAACAGCAAAUAAACAAUGUAUGGAAACUAUUGUAGGACCUAGUAUUAGAGUUCCCAAACCUCGAUCCUGCUGGUCUUGAUCUUCUUUCGAAAAUGCUUUGUCUGUGCCCAAAUGGCAGGAUUUCAGCUUAUGAAGCUCUUGACCAUCCAUAUCUUCGAGAUUGACCACCCAUGAUGAUGCUCUUGUUUUGACCACCCAUGAUGAUGCUCUUGUUUUGACCACCCAUGAUGAAGCUUUUGUUUUGACCACCCAUGAUGAAGCUUUUGUUUUGACCACCCAAGGGUUUACUCUCUCUUCCUUUGUACAUCUAACAGAAGAAUCUUAUAGAAUCUUUGGUAUCCUAUUGAAUAUCAUGUGUAAAGGCAAUGACAAAAACUAAGACAGUUGAGAAAAGCCUAGUAGUAAUAAAUCUUUCUCCUGUGUGAAGGAUUCCUUGUGUUGUUUUCUAUUAUACCAGACAUGAAAACAAAUUGUUUCAAGUCUUGGCUAGGAUAUGACAUCCUUCCAUGUACAAACAGCAUAAGAUUCGUAGCUCAUGCAUUAUUUUCUUUGUUUUUGAA